CCUCCAUGGCGCCCUUGGCCGAGGUGGGGGGCGUGCUGGGGGGCCUGGAGGGCCUGGGCCAGCAGGUGGGCUCGCACUUCCUGCUGCCCCCCGCCGGGGAGCGGCCGCCGCUGGGCGAGCGGCGGGGCGGCGAGCGGGGCGCCCGCGGGCCGGGCGCGGCGGAGCUGGCGCACCUGCACGGCAUCCUGCGCCGCCGGCAGCUCUACUGCCGCACCGGCUUCCACCUGCAGAUCCUGCCCGACGGCAGCGUGCGGGGCACCCGGCAGGACCACAGCCUCUUCGGUAUCCUGGAAUUCAUCAGUGUGGCAGUGGGACUGGUCAGUAUUAGAGGUGUGGACAGUGGUCUCUACCUUGGAAUGAAUGACAAAGGAGAACUCUAUGGAUCAGAGAAACUGACUUCUGAAUGCAUCUUUAGGGAGCAAUUUGAAGAGAACUGGUAUAACACUUAUUCAUCCAACAUAUACAAGCAUGGAGACACUGGCCGCAGGUAUUUUGUGGCGCUUAACAAAGACGGAACUCCAAGAGAUGGUGCCAGGUCCAAAAGACAUCAGAAAUUUACGCAUUUCCUGCCAAGACCAGUGGAUCCAGAAAGAGUUCCUGCAUUGUAUAAGGACAUUCUAAUAUACACUUAAAGUGUAAAUUGUGUCUUUACUGAAGAACCAAAUUGCAACCAUUUUUUCUUGUUAUAUAAUGUUUCCAGUGUAAAAUAAUAACCCAGGAAGACAUUCAGAAUGUUUCAGAGCCUAUUUUCCACUCAGAGACUGAAUUUGGAAAGAAUAUUAAGAACAAACAAAAAAACUUUGACAACAUGGUUCAAGAUCUCUAUAAAUGGAUUAAGUUCCCUUACAGACAUUGACUCAGUCAUUGAUGGUUGAUUGAAGCUGAGAAUCUAUAAAACGUGGAUGAUGGGAACCCCACCUAAUUUGCUGCUCUGGUGCCUCACCUCUCUGGAUAAUGUUUACUUUAAAAGUUACAUUAAAAAUAGAUACUUCAUGUUGAAGAAAUGGAUUGACAUGGUUGGCCAGGAUUACUGCUACAUAUAUUUUAAAGACCUUGAAGGAUUUUGCAGGUUAUGUAAAAAAUGCUAUGUAAAAAACCUGGGCGUAACGUGGACUAUGAAACAUGCACACCAAGACGGAACAUUAUUUUAAAAAGGAUGGACCUAUUUAUACAUUUUCAAUUUUCAAAUAUUUAUUAUAUAUUUAUUUAUUAAAGAGUUUAUUUUUUACUGGUAUAUGAAGAUAUUACAAAGAGAAAAAACAACAACAACAAAAAUUCAUUUAUUGUGCCAUUAUUUUGUUGUAGUAUCUUUGUCUGUAAAGAAGACAUCAUUAUUACAACAAUUAAACAUAGGAUAAAAUCUUGAGUUACUUUUUUAAAAUAAA